AUGGCCUCCUCUGUUGCGCAAAAGCGUCUUUUCCAUGAAUACAAGAACCUUUCCACCAACCCACCAGAGGGUAUCACUGCCGGCCCGGUGUCGGAGGAUGAUAUGUUCUACUGGGAAGCUCUGAUCCAAGGCCCCGAAGGCACUCCCUUUGAGGGCGGAGUUUUCGCAGCUGAGCUGAAGUUCCCAAAGGAUUACCCUUUAAGUCCCCCAACUAUGAAGUUUGUCGGGGGCGGAGUGUGGCAUCCCAAUGUCUACCCCAAUGGCACAGUAUGCAUUUCAAUCCUGCACCCUCCCGGCGAUGAUCCCAACCACUAUGAACAUGCCUCGGAGCGCUGGUCACCCAUCCAGAGCGUGGAGAAGAUUCUUAUCUCCGUUAUGAGCAUGCUUGCCGAGCCGAACGACGAGAGCCCUGCCAAUGUUGAAGCGGCUAAGAUGUGGCGUGAUCGAAGAGCUGAGUAUGAGGGGAAGGUUCGCGAUGAAGUUCGUAAGGGCUUGGGAUUGUGA